UCCUGCACGGCACUCUUCUGUCCCGGAGGUCCAACGAGCCUCGCUACGCAGGCACUGUGCGUCGCACGCGCUGCUGCUGUCGCCACUCGCCGCGGCCUGUGGAAGCUCCGAUCUCCGCUUCGGCCGCCGCCUCAGACCCGGCCCCGCCAUGUAUCCGGCCUGGGGCCUGUACGGGGCGGCGGGGCACUACCCGCCGCCCCCCACCUCGAUACCGCCCCCGCCGCUGCCCGUCCCCCCGCCCGUGAUGCCCCCCUCCGUCCCGCCGCCGAACUACCCGCCCCCGGGCCCCGGUGUGGCCCCCGCGCCCGGGGCCUCGGGCUUCCUGAGCCUGCAGGAGCAGCACCUGGCCCAGCUGCAACAGCUGCAGCAAAUGCACCAGAAGCAGAUGCAGUCGGUGCUUCUGGGGGGUCCCCCGCCCGGGCCGCCGCCCCCGGGCCUGCCCCCUCCGCCUCUCCCCGGCUCCUUCACCGACUGGCCGCCGCCGCCAGUGCCUCCCCCCGUCCGCAGCUACCAGAAGCAGUUCAAGCACCGCGAGCCGCCCCCGCCGCCCCCACCCCGGGACCCCCAGGUCUGCAAGCCCCCGGCUCCCCCCCUGCCCCGAGAGCAUGAGACCCUCCAGCCGUCUCAGCCCCACAGCGACUGGGAGCACCUGCCUUCUUCCCCAGUGCCCAUGGACAUGGAGCUGUCCUCUCCGCCACAGUCGCCCCUGCCGCCUGAGCAGGCCUAUCCACCCCCUUCGCAGGCCUAUAUCCCCCCAGCCCAGUCUGAACCCUAUAUUCCCCCAGCCCAGCCACCCCCUUCCCAGUCCCCUCCGCCCCAGUCUUAUUUGUCCCAUUCUCAGCUCUCCCAGCCACCACCACCGUCCUAUUUAGAGCCCCCUCCACCAACUGCCCCUCAAUCCUAUUUACCCUCCUCCCAAUCCUAUCAGACACAUUCUCAGUCUUACUUGUCCCCUUCCCAACCAUCCCUUUCCCAACCAGCACAGUCUAGUUUGACACCAUCCCUUUCUCAGUCUAAAUCUCACUUUACUGCAUCCCAGUCAUCCUUGCCCCCUUCCACUCCUGCUCAGCAAGAGGCAGUGCAGAGUGCUGCUAAGGACACCAGUGACAGUUCUGACCAGCACAGCACCCCACAGCCAGACCCUUCCACUAUGACCCCCCAGGAACAGCAACAGUACUGGUACCAGCAACACUUGCUAAGUCUGCAGCAGAGGGCAAAAGCACAUGCACAGGGACAGCAGCAACCGAAGGGUCCAGGAAUAAUAGUGAAGGAUGCACCUGAGCAGAGAAUACAGCAAGAAGAAGGGAAAGUGAUUGCUCCUAAUCAGCAGUCUGACCCGCCUUCACUUAACGAGCCCCUCAUACCAGCUUCCAAGAAAGAGGAGCCUCCUGUCUCAUCUACUGAACCUAAGCUGAAUAUUGAACCUCCUGAGGACUCUGAGGAAGAUUUGAGGUUGCAGCAGUUGCAGGUGGCAGCAGCUCAGUGGCAGCAGCAUCCACACCAUCGAGUUGGCUUUCAGUAUCAGAGAAUAAUGCAGAAGCAUGCCCAACUGCAACAGAUCCUACAGAAGUACCAGCAGAUUAUACAACAGCCACCACCCCCACAGACAAUGUCAGUGGAUAUGCAGCUGCAGCAUUAUGAGACGCAGCAGAAACAGUUUCAACAACUUCACAAAGAGUGGGAGCGUGAAUUCCAAGGAUGGCAGGAUCAACUUCAGACCUAUCCUCACAAAGAUCAGCUUCAGGAGUAUGAGAAACAGUGGAAAACAUGGCAGGGACAGAUGAAAGCUACUCAGUCCCAUCUGCAGGAGAAAGUGAACUCACUUCGAAACAUGAAGAAUCAAUACACUGGGAAUGUUGCAUUGCCACCUCCUUUUGUUCCAUGCUCUCAAACCUCUCAAGGAGGCAUGCCUGUUAUGCCUCCAUCUUUGCCUUCAGCCACCCCUCCGCAGGUUCCCCCACCUCUGUCUUCUGAUCCUCAGUUGUCUAACUCAUCUGAACCCCCAACGUCCAGUCUUCAGGUUUUCCAGUCCGCUAAGACAACCAGGCCAGCUCUUCUUCCUAUUCCUGAUUCUUUUGUAUUUAAACUACUUGGCUCAUCUGCAACUUUACCUUGUCAUUCUGAAAUAACUACAUCUGCUGACUCUUCAGACCAAGGAAACUGUCAAGUUCAUCUGGGUAAGCAAGCUGUACCAUUUGUUUCUGUCUCAUCUGAACCAGCAUCUGGAGAACUGAAAACCUCUACUCCAGUAUCUUCAACCUAUGUACCCCCCACCUCCAACGUUCAAGAUAAACCAGUGAGAUCAGGUGGAUUGCUUCCAGACCCACCCAGAGGCACAUACUUCGAAGGACCAAGAGGUCCUAGGUUUGAUGGACUUCGGGGAAGAGGCUUUGACAGAUUUGAAGGGCCAAGACAGAGAGGACCUCGUUUUGAAGGCCAGCACUUGGAAGGGCCGAGGCCAAGAUUUGAAGGUCAGAAUUCAGAUGGACAGUCUUCAAGCAAAUGGGGGACUGUCCCCCGGGGGCCAGCAGCACAGUUUUAUACUUCCCCAAGUACAUCACAGAUGCACAGUUCCCGACCAAGCGGGUCACAGUGGAGGGGGCCCAAACCUCAACAGCAAUCUCAAGCAGAGUCCCGAACAGAAAACAGAGACGCUUUUGCUGAUGUGGCUGUCAACCAGGAGUUGGCAAAUAGAACUCAGUCUACGCCAAUUGCCUUUGAUACAGAUGCAAAGAAUUCUGGUCCAGUUCAGCCAGCUGAGGACCUGACAAAAGCUCAACAGGAGCCACCCAAAGCUAAAGUCAAAAAAAUUAUUCCUCGGCCUAAAAAGUGGACUUGGAGUUCUCAGGAUCCUGCGCAGCAAUUAGAAGAGACAAAACCAACUACUCAACCUCCAUCCAUUCAGAAUCAAAAACCAACACCACUUCCCAGUACACCUGUAACUGUGCAGUCUACUAUUCCUCCGAGAACAGGAGGAACAGCAGCCUUACCUCCAUCCCCUGUAACAGGAAAUAAAGACUUGAAAUCUACAGAUAGUAAAUUGCCCCUUUCAGAAAAUAGCCAGGGUAAAGUACUACCUGGAUCAGAAAAUAACCAGGGUAUAGGUCUGGUUCAGCCAGAAGAUAAUAGAGGCAAUGGACUAGUAAGCAGAGGCAGGGGUCAGGGCAGGCUGGACGACGGCCGAGGCAGGGGUCAGGGCAGGCUGGACGACAGCCGAGGCAGGGGUCAGGGCAGGCUGGACGACGGCCGAGGCAGGGGUCAGGGCAGGCUGGACGACGGCCGAGGCAGGGGUCAGGGCCGGCUGGACGACGGCCGAGGCAGGGGUCAGGGCCGGCUGGACGACGGCCGAGGCAGGGGUCAGGGCCGGCUGGACGACGGCCGAGGCAGGGGUCAGGGCCGGCUGGACGACGGCCGAGGCAGGGGUCAGGGCCGGCUGGACGACGGCCGAGGCAGGGGUCAGGGCCGGCUGGACGACGGCCGAGGCAGAGGGCAGGGCCGGCUGGACGACGGCCGAGGCAGGGGUCAGGGCCGGCUGGACGACGGCCGAGGCAGGGGUCAGGGCCGGCUGGACGACGGCCGAGGCAGGGGGCAGGGCAGGCUGGACGACGGCCGAGGCAGGGGGCAGGGCAGGCUGGACGACGGCCUCGACAGGGGGCAGGGCAGGCUGGAUGACUGCCGAGGCAGGGGGCUAACAAACAGAGGCAGAGGAUUGCCCAGACAGGCAGCCACCCGAGGCCGGGGGAUGAUCCAGAGAGUGAGCAACCGGGAGGAGCAGCUGGAUAGGCGGUCAGGUAGCAGGGAGAAGUUGCCAGAUGGGCAGUCAGGCAGCUGGGAGAUGGGGCCAGUUGGGCGGUCAGGCAGCCGGGAGAGGGUGUUGUCUGGCCGAGACAAGGAACCAGCUGGCCGGGCAGACAGCAGGGAUAGGGGGCAGUCAGGAAGCUGGGAGAGGGGCCCUAUCAUGCGGGCUGGAAGCCGGGAGAGGGGUCCUGUCAUACGGGCUGAAAGCUGGGAGAGGGGUCCUGGCAGGCGGGCAGGAAGUCGGGAGAGGGGUUCUGUCAGGCGAUCAGGUAGCCGGGAGAGGGAAAUGGGCAGGCCUGAAACAGGCAGUAUUGAUAAACCAAUCCGCCUAGGAGACAACUCUGAGAAAUUAUCUCUGUAUCAUCGAGAGGAACAAACCAGGGCUCCCUGGAGUCACGAAGAGGAGAGAAUGCAAGAGGAACCUUCGUUAGAUAGACGAGAUUCCCAUCCUUUAGAGCGCGAACAAUUGGAUGAUUGGGAAAGAGAUCGAUAUUGGAGAGAGCAUGACACAGAUAUUCAGGAUGAUCAUGUGGAUCCAUAUGAUAGAGAUGACAGGUUACCACUCCGUCUUUCAUUGCCUCCACUAUCACCUCUUCCUCCUCUCCCUCCUUUGUCUUCUGAUCUUGACAGACGAGACACUUGGUGGGAUGAUUGGGAAAGGCCAAGGGAGAGGGAGCUGGAUAGAGAUCUGGACAGGAUUGGAAGACGCUUGGAUGUUUAUGAUCGAGAAUUAGAUAGAGAAUGGGACAGAGAUUACUUGAGACCUCUGGAUGACAGAGAUACACCGAGUCAUGACCUGGACAUUCCUCCUCUUCCACCUUUGCCACCACUUCCACCUCUGGACAGGUACCAUGAGGACCGGUGGAGGGAGGAAAGAGACAGGGAUCUCUAUGACAGAGACCUCCGAGACAGGGGAGAGUUGAGGAUCCGAGAGUAUCCAGAGAGGCAUGAUGCAUCAAGGGAGAAGCGAGAUUACCUUCCUGAAAGGACUGACUGGGAGAGGGAACGGUUGUCAGAUAGAUGGUAUCCUGAUGAAGCAGACAGACUACGACCUUUGGGGGAUCAGCUUGAUCCACCCCUUCCACCACCACGUUCAUCUGACAUGCUGGGAGCAGAGCCAAACCUGGACCCUGAACAGUCACUUGGAGGGGUAAUGGUCCUUAGUCAAAGGCAGCAUGAAAUAAUCCUGAAGGCUGCCCAGGAGCUGAAAAUGCUUCGGGAACAAAAAGAACAGCUGCAGAAGUUGAAAGAGUUUGUGCCUGAUCCCCACAUGCCCCAACUGUCAUCACAGGAAACUUCUAGAUCACAAACCACAACUACAAGGCCACGUGCCUUUCAGGCAUCUUCUCAACUGCCACCUGAGACACCAAUAGAAUCUCAGCCUAUCAAACCUUCUCCUGCUGUUAUUAUAAAGCCACCAGUGUUGUUCAGGCAGCCCACCCUGGUGACGAGGCCAGGUGCCCCGGUGACAAGGCCAGGUGCUCCGAUUCCGGCUUCAGCUACAACCUCAAGUCAGGCUCCUGCAAUAAAGCCAACAUCUGGUGCUGUGAAACAGGAACGUUGGGAUGAGGAUUCUUUUCAUGGACUCUGGGAUACCAGUGAAGAUAAAGGAGCAAAUUUGGAGUAUGCAUUAUGUAAACCAGAAUCAGUGCUGCCACACACAGUAUCAUCUUCUGGGAAAAUACCUCCUCCAGGUCAUACUCCCAUUCCAUCAUCUGUACCAUCAUCAAUUCCUAAACCACCUCUAAUUCAACAGACUGUGGACUAUGGCCAUGGGCGGGAUAUAACUACCAGUAAAGUUGAACAAAUUCCCUAUGGGGAGAGAAUAACUCUGCGUCCAGAACCUUUGCCUGAGAGACAACCAUUUCCAAAAGAACAUCCAGGCCAGCGGGAUCGUUACAACAGAGAGAGGGAUCGUGAGUCUUACUUUGAGCGUCAAGGCAAUGCAAACACAGAUUACCGAGAUUUUAAAAGGGAGCGGGAACUGCACAGAGACCGAGGCUCAGGAGACUAUGAUCGAGAGAGGUUUGAGAAAGAACGCCAUCUUCGAGAGGACAGGGCACCUCCAACUGGACCGUCAAGGACUCAGUCUUACCGUGACAAGAAAGACCAUCCUUCCUCAAGGCGAGGGGGCUUUGAAAGACCAUCAUACGAACGAAAGCCUGAUCGCCCGACCUAUGAUCAUGGACCUUCCAUAUUUGGAGGUGAUCGGAGAAAUUACUCUGAGGAGAGGAUGCCUAUUUCUGCUCCAUCAGUACCCCGCCAGCCACCCCCUGCUCCCCGGGUAGAGAGGAAACCAGAGUCUAAGAAUGUGGAUGAUAUUUUGAAGCCACCAGGACGGGACAGCAGGCCAGAAAGGAUUGUCAUCAUAAUGAGAGGAUUGCCUGGCAGUGGAAAGACACAUGUAGCAAAACUCAUCCGGGACAAAGAGGUGGAGUGUGGAGGACCGGCACCCAGAGUUCUCAGCCUGGAUGACUAUUUCAUCACCGAAGUGGAGAAAGAGGAGAGAGACCCAGAUACAGGAAAAAAAGUGAAAAAGAAGGUGAUGGAGUAUGAGUAUGAAGCUGAUAUGGAAGAGACCUACCGCACCAGUAUGUUUAAAACUUUCAAAAAGACCUUGGAUGAUGGCUUCUUCCCUUUCAUUAUCCUGGAUGCCAUCAAUGACAGGGUGCGCCAUUUUGAGCAGUUCUGGAGUGCAGCGAAAACCAAGGGCUUUGAGGUGUAUUUAGCUGAGAUGAGUGCAGAUAACCAGACUUGUUCCAAGAGGAAUAUCCAUGGACGCAAGCUAAAGGAGAUCAAUAGGAUGUCUGAUCACUGGGAGACUGCACCACGUCACAUGAUGCGCUUGGACAUUCGUUCUUUGUUGCAGGAUGCUGCUAUUGAAGAGGUGGAGAUGGAGGAUUUUGAUGCUAAUAUUGAAGAUCAGAAAGAAGAAUCCAAGAAAGAUACAGCAGAGGAAGAAGAAAGCGAACUGGGUUACAUUCCGAAAAGCAAAUGGGAGAUGGACACUUCUGAGGCAAAGCUAGGUGAAGUGGGAGAAUUAACUCUUUCAUGCUGGUGAUCAGAUGUGCUUGCUACUUGCACUUAGCAUCAGAAACUUCUGAUUCGCAGUGGGAAAGUGUUGAUAUGACUGCCUUGUCACAGAGUUCCUCGACUUCUCCAUUUGUCGCAGUUUAAAUGUGUGUGCUGCUCUCCUUUUCAAUGCUGUUUAUUCUGGAGACCCUUAUAAUAGCAGUGGUCUGUGUUGAGUAAUUUGUGAAUAAUACUAGAUGGGCUUGGAAGUACCUUUACUGCUGGAGCAAUACAAAGGAAUUUCCCAUGCCUAGAGUUUCUCUCGUGAAAGGAGAUGGCAUCUCUCUAUGGAGCCGUAGUCACAAAUUUGCAUAUUUGACUUUGCAUUGUUUCUUCUUUUAUUCUAUGUAACUAUUAGCACUUCAGGAAAGCAGAUACAGCUAUUCUGUGUUGAUUUUUAACUGUAGUGUCUUUGGGGAGGGAAUUCAAAAAUGCUUUGCUUGAACAGAUGAAAGAUUUGAAUCUGUCCCAAUUAAAUGGGGCAUAAUGGAUUCUUGAAAAUUCUAGCAUUGAAUGAGGGAGGGAUUACUUUAUUGGUUUGUCGUGUGAAGUUUUACUGAAGUAUGCACAAGUCACCAUUUGUUUUUUUUUUGUCUCGCAUGACCUCCAGUACUACUCUGCUCUUCGCUAUUUUAAAUAAAACAAAAUUCAUCUAUGUACUGAAAUUCUUUGGAUGCACAUUUUUAGACUGUCCUUUUCUGCUGCCCAGCAAAUAGGUUGCUUUGUAUUUGAUUAGUUUCAGAGAUCUCCUGUUGGCUAAUUUAAUAACAUCAGUGACUUCUGAGCUAGUGUGUCUGUCAUCACUGGCAAUGGUUUAAAGAGAACACCAAAUAACUGUAAAAAGUCACUCUACAUAUACUUUAAUGUGGCAGUGAUUAUAGAAAUUGUUUAAAAUAUAGGGGCAACGAACUUACUACAUGACAUUAUGAACCAGUGAGUAAACACCAAUGGGAAAAAAAGGUAGUGGAAUUAUUUUUAGCUCUGUAAAGCCAGUUUCAUAUCUUCACACCUAUUAGUCCUUAACCUUAUGUACUUGGUCUCUUUUAUGUACUUGGUCUCAUUACCACUAGCAAUCUGCCUUGAAUAAGUGGCCAAAAACAGGAAGUUCAUAUAACUCGAUAAAUGUCAUCUUGUUUCACCUCAUCUCUCAGGCUGGUCACUCUGGUUCAGUAAGCAACAGAAGAAAAAAAUGACCUUUGGACAAACUUACUUUUUGAGCAUUCAUGUGUGUGAGACCUCUCACACCAUGAAUAAUAGAUUCUGAGUCUUUCUGCAGUCCCAGGAUUUUGUGUUUAGUAGAAGCAGUUCUUCAAAAACUGCUUACUAUACAGUCCUUAGUAGGUUUAACAGUUUGAUGGACCCCAAGUUCCUGAUAUUGCAUGUUAUACCAUGUUUGACACAGUAUUAAACCCAACACUUGGAAGAAAAUGUGUGGCAUUAAUAUUGUGUUAAACUGCAGAAUAGAUGGGACUGCCAUUCCACCAACAGCUUCCAGCAGCAGUGUUAUGCCUGCUGAGCAUGGACUCUGAAUGAUGUGAACUUCCAGGAAGAUACGUUUUCCUCCCUCAUACAAACGGCUAUACUGAGUGUUACUGACAAAAUUAAUAUGAAAGAUAAAUAAAAAUUGGAAAUGGGGGUGAGUCUUUAGAGUUGAAACAAACUAGAGAUCAUUCCACUCAUCAACACAAUCUGGAUGUGCAAGUUCUGCUGCUGUGAAAUACAGACUCAUUCUUUUGAAAGUGUUCCCUCUCUCAUCUUGUUUGUGUGCCUUUUACACAAAUUUUCUCCUUUAACGCUGAGGCUCUGUGUUUGUUCUCAGACAAGCUGGAUGGCUUGCGGACAGGCACAAAGAGGAAACGUGAUUGGGAAGCAAUUGCCAGUAGGAUGGAGGAUUAUCUUCAGCUUCCAGAUGACUAUGAUACACGUGCUUCUGAACCUGGCAAGAAGAG